AUGAAGUUCUUCAAUAGCAGAUAUAUAUUUGGGUUGUAUAAUAGAACCUUGUGGCCGAUUAAAAAUGUUCGAUCAUCGCUUUCAAGUCAUCAGUUCUUAGUAUGUCAUUCAUAUUCUUCUUUGGCUCCAACAACCAAUGGAAUAUCUAGUGAGCUGUUACGCAAUUCAGGAGUACGGUCAUUUUUGAACAAACUUAUAUCCGAAGAUUACUCGGAGAGCAUGUCCAAACCUAACGUGUCUGCCUUAAUAUCUGCUAUACGUUCUUUAAAAGUUGAUUUACAAUCACUUAAUGAAUUUGAAAUAGAAAAAGAAAAAGACAAAGAAUUUGGUGAACAGUUACAAAAAGAAAAAAAGUCUCAUGAAGAGCAAUUGACAAAACUAGAACUAGAACUUCUAAAUUCAUUAGUGCCCAAUGAAGAUUUUGAUUGUGAAGACGUCAUGUUGGAAAUAACGGCUGGAGUUGGAGGUCAAGAAGCAAUGAUAUUCACACAAGAACUUUUUGAAAUGUAUAAUUCUUUUGCAUACUAUAGAGGAUGGAAAAGCGAAGUAGCUGAUUAUUGUCAUACUGAGAUGGGAGGUAUACGUCAUGCAUGUCUGAUGCUGUCGGGCAAUGAUUGUUACAGUUUGCUGCAGCAUGAAGGUGGUGUACAUCGAGUUCAACGCGUCCCAAAAACAGAAAAGUCUGGAAGAAUUCAUCUAUUAGAUGUGGUGAUUAAUGACAAAGAUUUAAUAAUAGAAACUAAGCGAGCAUCCGGUGCAGGGGGCCAACAUGUCAACAAAACUGACAGUGCUAUAAGAAUGCACCAUAAGCCAACAGGUGUUAUAGUCGAGUGCCAAACAGACAGAUCACAAAUUAAAAAUAGAAAAAUAGCAUUACAAAAAUUAAGAGCAAUCAUUUAUAAAAAACAACUCGAGCAACAACAAUCGUUGACUAGAUCUGCUAGAAAACAACAAGUUGGUUCUAGUGCAAGAUCGGAAAAAAUUAGAACAUAUAAUUUUAAUCAAGAUCGAAUCACCGAUCAUCGUCUGGCUAAAAGUUUCCAUAACUUAGUUGGGUUUUUAGAAGGCAGGGAAUAUUUGGAUAAGGUAGUCAUUGAGUUACAAGAAAGAGCAAAAAAAAUACUCUUUAAUGAAUUUAUUGAAAGUAUUUCUGUACAAAAUUAA